UCUAAGAUUAGGGUUUAGGGUUUAUGCGCAGCGAUGCGGGAGAUUGCGACUCUACAGAUUGGCGCUUACGCGAAUUUCGUUGGCGCGCAUUUCUGGAACUUCCAGGAUGAAUUGCUUGGCCUCGCGGCCGACCAUGAAGCAGAUCCCGUGUUCCAGCGAUCGGGCCUGGACAUGGACGUGCUCUACCGGACUGGCGAAACUCGUCAGGGUGUCGCGACCUAUACCCCGCGACUGGUAGCGAUCGAUCUACGAGGAAGCCUAGGAGCUGUGCGCUCGUCUGGGUCGCUUUAUGAUGAAGGGCAAGGGGUAUUGCAUGGAACGCAACUUCAUACUUGGACUGGGCCUGUGUCGUUGCACAAAGAGGAACCGCCGGAAAAGAGUGAAUUUUUGAAACGGUUGGAGGCAGAAGAAGCUGGCCAGCAGUCGAACGCAACAGACGAGACGAUUGUGCAGGGGCUCGAUGAAAGAGUUCAAUCGUGGACGGACUACUCUAAAGUACAGUUACAUCCUCGCAGUGUCUACGAGAUCGAGGGUGUUUGGAACACAGUGACGCCUUUCGACAGCUUUUGCCAUGGGAAGGGGUUGUUUACGCAAUCCUUUCGCCUUGAAGAGUUCCAAGAGCGCUUCCGGUUUGUCGUCGAAGAAUGCGAUCAUUUGCAGGGUGUUCAAGCUCUUGUAGAUGAUUCUGGAGGCUUUUCGGGAGUUGCAAGCGACAUACUGACAAACUUUGAAGACGAGUACGGGGGCAUACCUUUCAUGCUCUUCACGGUUCGGCCUCCCGAGGAGGAACCGCGUCCUGUCGUACGCUCGCUCCAUGAUGCUUUUUCGUUUGCGUCUUUAUCAUCGAUUGGAGACAUCGUCGUUCCUCUUGGUCUUCCUCAGCUAUCUCGAAGUGCGUUUGCGAGACACUUGACGAUUGACGAUGCAAAGGUUUUCCAGACAAGCGCUGUUUAUGCGGGAGCUUUACAUAAUGCGACUCUUCCGUUCAGGAUGCUGGCUUCCUCUACACAGGCUGGAGGCUGUGAUAUGGGAGUUCUAGUGAAGGGCCUCACGUACGCCACCAGGAACGUUGCUAAUCUAUCCGCUGCCUUGCCUUCAGAUGGCAUUACAAGAGGCUUGGAUUUGUCAGCUCUCACUCCGGAGGUUGCACUAGCUUCUUCACAGGACUACGCUGCAGAAAGCUAUGUCAUACAAGGUGCUCGCCUCGCAGGAUCCAAAGGACUUGCUACUGUUACCGAUGUCAUGAAGUCCAUUAACUACGAAAAGCAGAAGUUUUCAAGUCACGUCGCUUGUUCGCCAUGUCCCUUGCCGGUGCCUCUUCCUUUCCCUUCCAUCUUUCGCUCUUCAGUCGGCCGAUAUGGUGAUAUUAUACUCGAAACUUCUCCAUCGUCAGCUACGGGAAGGGGUGCCUUGGACGUUUUUAGCGUUCCAGUCGCUACGAGCUUGCGGACCGAUAAGGGGAUAGAACCAUACUUGAGACGGCGGCUGAGCGAUAUCGAGCAGCUGGGAUUGAAGAGACAGUCUCCUGUGCUACAAGGCUGGGAUCUGGCAAGAGAAGACGUGGAGGAGUUGAGAGAAGUUCUUGCCAACACUCUUGCGAGGUACGCCGACGAGACUGAGUUUGAUUCCUCGUAAGUGGAUGUAGUCUACAAGUAGUGAGUUGCAAAACUUUGAAAGAGCUUAUCUUUUCUUC